GUGAAGUUGUUGCGUAUUUCACACAGACUUUGACAUGUGUGAAAUUAGUGAUUGCACCGGUUCUUUCAUAUUCCAACCAACAUGGCCACAGUCAGAAAUAUUUCGGGUCUAUUCAAUUCAAAGCAACUAAAUUUCUUAUUAUCAGCUAAAAACGUGCUCUAUUCCAAAAGGCUUGCACAUCUCUGCAUCCAAUGUACCAAUUCAACUGUUGUCAGUCUGAGACUCUCGAAUAAUUUGCGGACAAAUUCUUUUCAUGUAUGGAACAAACGGUUUAUACACACUAGCCAUAAUUUAAGUCAAAAGAAGGAUUACUAUAGUAUAUUAGGAGUAAGUAAGAAUGCAUCUGCUGCUGAAGUGAAGAAGGCUUAUUAUAAAUUGGCAAAACAAUAUCAUCCUGAUGUCAACAAAGAAGCAGAUGCGGCUAAGAAGUUUCAGUCUGUCUCUGAAGCAUAUGAAAUUCUUGGAGAUGAUUCAAAGAGGAAACAAUAUGACAUGUAUGGUGCAACAGCUGAACAGAUGGGUGGCAUGGGUGGAGGUGGCAGAGCAGGAGGAGCACAUGGGCCACAGGGAUUUAGUCAAAGUUGGCAGUAUCAAUCCACCAUAGAUCCAGAAGAAUUAUUCAGGAAAAUCUUUGGAGAUGGAGGUUUUGGAAAGAGUACUGGUUUUGAUAACUUUGCUGAAUCUUCUUAUGGAUUUGGUGAAGCUCAGGAGGUAGUAGUCAGGAUUACCUUUGCACAGGCUGCAAGAGGUACCAAUAAAGACAUAACAAUAAAUAUAGUGGAUACUUGUCCAAAAUGCCAAGGUUCGCGCUGCGAGUUAGGCACGAAGGCAUCUAGAUGUAAUUAUUGCGAUGGAACUGGUUUCGAGAGUGUAACCAGAGGGCCUUUCAUUAUGCGUUCGACGUGUCGUUACUGCGAAGGAACGAGAAUGUUUAUUAAACAUAAAUGCAUCGAAUGCGAAGGAAAAGGUUCAACUGUGCAGAGAAAGAAAAUAACUGUACCUGUACCAGCAGGUAUUGAAGAUGGUCAAACUGUGAGAAUGCCCGUGGGCAGAAAGGAACUGUUUGUGACGUUCAGGGUUGAAAAGUCGGAUUACUUUAAAAGGGAUGGCAGCGAUGUUCAUACUGAGGCCAAUAUUUCGAUUGCGCAAGCUAUGCUUGGAGGUACAAUCAGAAUACAGGGUUUGUAUGAAGAUCAAACGUUACAGAUCAUGCCAGGAACUUCAUCACAUACCAGAAUUAGGUUAAGCGGAAAAGGAAUGAAAAAAGUUGAUGGUUACGGCCACGGCGAUCAUUAUGUUACCUUUAAAAUUUCCGUUCCAAAGAAAUUAACUAAAGAGCAGAAAACUCUGCUUCAAGCGUACGCGGAAUUGGAGAGUGACACGCCUGGACAAAUAUUUGGGGUGACUUAUAAAACUGAUGGCAGCAAAUUUAGUGUAUCUGAGUCGCAGGAAGUUCUGGAGGCAAUCCGAACGGCUUUGUUGAAUCUGAAUCUUCAAAAACUCGAAGGUAAAAAGGACGAAGACAGUGCGAAAACAACACCUAACAGUGAAAAAAGUGUUAACGAUGUCAAAUCCGAUGGUAGCGAAGAAGUAGUCGAUAAAAAAGAGGCGAAACGAAAUUCAAACACAGCCUAAUCACAUCAUGUCCUCAAACCUAAAUAUUAAAAUUGAUUUGAUGAUCACUUUUAACGUCGGUGAUAUGUAUGUAGCAAAAUCUGUCCAAGCUUGUGCAUACAAAUU